AUGGUCGGGGUGCCCAGUCGAUUUGCCGGAUGUGCGACGUGUCGCAGGAGGAAGAGAGGCUGCGACCGCAAGACCCCUUUUUGUACCCAGUGUGUCCAAGCUGGGCUCCUCUGCGAGGGAUACUCUCGUAAUCAUUCGGUCUGGAUCAACUCCACAGAUGGCGAGAAUCGUAAAUACACAAAGGAUACCGGCAGCGUACAAUCGCGUAUACGCGGGGCCCCGGAAAUUACUCUACACCAAUCGCUGGCGGGAACUGCGCGAGAGGUAAUGUACGUUGGUCUUUAUCUCUCGGCGUUUCUGCCGAACGGUCGCCUUUUCUCCAAGGAGGCAGCGCAGAUAUCCUCUGCCGGGUGGUUAAGACAUCUAGACAAAUUAUGUCAGCCUGAGAAGACUCUCCGCUUUAUCACCCUUGCUCACGGGCUUUCAAUGCUGGCUACGAGAGACAACGACAGCCAGCUGAAGCUCAAGGGUGUCCAAGCACACAGCAUGGCGCUGCAGGAAAUGAGCACAGCCCUGCGGGAUCCACAAAGGGUCACCGGCGAUGGGAUUUUGGCCGCUAUUCGGCUGUUCCGCUUUUAUGAAAUUCUCUAUGGCGCCGAAUCCAGUGGUUCAGAUAAAGAAAAACCCAUUCUCCAAAUCAGGGGCUACUACGCCCAUACUGACGGCGAAAUGGCCUUGUUUAUGAACAGGGGCUGGCAAAAGGAAUGGAGCGAAGCAGGAAUGUACUUACUUGUAAGCGGUCGGAUUGUGUCCUUCAUUCUAGGCGUGGGACGAAGAAAGCGUUCGCCCUUCAGCGACAGAGAAUGGAUGUUAGCACCCUGGAAGAACAGAACAAAGUCCCUACUUGACGGCCUGAGUGACAUCCUGGUCCAAGUUCCGGCCUUAUUGGAAGAGCUGGAUGCCAUUAGAGCAUGUCCCAUUGCGGAGCAAAGUCCCAAUGCCUGGGACAACUUGCUCGGUGAAUGUAUCCGCAUUGAGCACCUGUUACAUGCCUGGAAGGAAACCAUGGGAGACCAGCUGCAGAACUUUGACCACACCAAAUCAGGUCAUCCUCUCCAGAUGCCACGGCUAGACAGGGACUUUGCACUGUUGCAUAUAAGCUGCCUCUAUUGGAGCUGCUGUAUCCUCCUAUACACAACAAUCCAUAUGGCCACGAUCGAGGCGCAUCAGAGUCUAAGCGUCACAUACUUCAUGACUAUUCCCUUUUCUGCACCAGGAUACCCCAACUACCAUAAUGAGAGAAAUCCGACAUUACACACCCACAGGAUACUGCACACAAUUUCUCUAUCCCAUGGGCCUUAUGCCGGUGGCUAUGGGGCACUGUGUUCAACGUUUCCACUAGGCAUGGCACUCCGUUAUUUUGCGGUGGCCCAUUUUUUCCCGCACGAGGGUGGCAUUCCAGGAGCGCACAAGCUUUUACAGGGGUUGCUGGCACAACCUUUCAUGAAGGCGUAUACCGCACGUUUUGUUAGUCAUCUACAUAAUGUUGACGUACCGGGGCAAUCUCUAAAAGACACAGCGGGAUGGCAUGGAGUAGAACUGAAAAUGAGAAGAUGGUGGUUUGGCCCUAUGCUUGACCACAACCCGGGUGCUACAUAG